AGUUUACCUUUUCCCUCCAACACCAUCCUACCACCAUGAAGGUCGCCUUCUUCUCUGCGCACGUGUACGACACCGAGUCGAUGCAAGCCAUGGCCAAGGCCGAGAACAUCGAGCACGACCUCCACUUUUUUUCCCACCGCCUCACGCUCGGCACAGCCCAGCUCGCGGCCGGCUGUGAUAUCGUCGUCAUCUUUGUCAACGAUACCGCCAACGCGGCCGUGCUCCGCAAGCUCCACUCGGUCGGCGUCAAGGCGCUCUUGCUGCGCUGCGCCGGCUUUGAUAUGGUCGACCUCGACGUCGCGGCCGAGCUCGAAAUGCCCGUGCUGCGCGUGCCGGCCUACUCGCCGUACGCGGUCGCCGAGCAUGCCGCCGGCCUCAUGAUGACGCUUAACCGCAAGUACCACCGCGCGUACAACCGGACCCGCGAGUUCAACUUUAACCUCCAGGGCCUCCUCGGCUUUGACUUGCACGGCAAGACGGUCGGUAUCAUUGGCACGGGCAAGAUUGGCGCGCUCUUUGGCAAGAUCUGCGCUGGCUUUGGCUGCAACGUGAUCGCGUACGACGUCUUCCAGAACGCCGAGGCCUUGAGCUACGGCAUCACGUACAAGAGCGUCGAGGAGGUGAUUGCCGAGUCGGACAUCAUCUCGCUCCACUGCCCGCUCUUCCCGUCCACGCACCACAUCAUCAACAACGACUCGAUCGGUCGCAUGAAGAAGGGUGUCAUGCUCAUCAACACGAGCCGCGGCGGCUUGAUCAACACCAAGGCACUCAUCCGCGGCCUCAAGAACGGUCAAGUGGGCAGCGUCGCCUUGGAUGUCUUUGAGGGCGAGAACGGCAUCUUUUACGAAGACCACUCGGGCGAAAUCAUGGCCGACGAGAACUUCACCAAGCUCUUUACGUUCCCGAACGUGAUUGUGACGGGCCACCAAGCGUACUUUACCCAAGAAGCGCUCGCCAACAUUGCGAAGACGACGAUGGACAACAUCAAGGCGAUCGAGUCGAACGGGCCGUUUGUCAACGAGGUCAAGAAGCAGUAAACGGGUCGAUUUUCAAUAUUUUUCAAUAUAAAAAAUGCAUAUUUGUAAUCCA